UUGAUCCGAGCGAAACAGAUGGCAAUUGAAAAUGGCGGAUUUUUCAUGAACCAGUUUGGUAACGCUGACAAAGCUGAAGAUUACCAUGAAAGUGGAGACUUCCCACUUGAGUCAGCAAACUUGUUUCAUGAAAUGCUUGUUCAGUUACAAGCCGAUGACAUGCAGGAGGUGAAGGUUCCACACUACUUCGUACAUUCAGCGGGAACAGGUGAGAGAUUCAACAUUAACAAAAAAUUAAGGAUCUGA